UACUGCUGAAGUGUGAGCUUGGAGCAGUGGGAGGAGACUGGUCUGCAAUUGAAUUUCCAGUGCGACUGUAAGGGCUCAGAUUGUGAGAUCACAUCCUAGAGUUACUGUAGCCAGCUUGUCGAAUUCGUUGUAUUGUACUCAGAUUUCUGACUGGUUUGUAGCUGACUAAUCUUUUUUUUUUUUAAACUUUUUUUAAAAUUCCGCUGUACUCUCGCGAUCCACGAACUAGACACUGUAAUAUGGGCUUUACAUAGGAGUUUUCCCCUUUUGGGGCUUAACAUUUGCGAUCUUGUGUUGACAAUACAUAUUGGAAUAAUAAUUAUCGUUAUAGAGACAACUUUACAAGGAAAGAAUCAAACUGCAAUGUGGGGGAAACUGGUUUCGGGCUACGGAGAUGGGUUUAAUAAUAACUAUAAAGCAGGUGCUGAUGUACCCUCUCCAGGAUGGUUAUCUGGUGCAGAGUCAACGUGGCAGGCAGUCUCCUCCUCCAGCAGCAGCAGUAACCGCGAGAGACGUCUCAGCACAACCUCUGACAGUGGGGACACAGGAAUAGGCAUGUCCUGCUCUGACAGUGUAGAGGACCACUCAAGUUCCAGCACUUUGUCCUUCAAGCCUAUCAAGGCCCAAGCCACCAUCCCCACAGCCCAUGUGAUGCCAUCCACCUCCAGCUUCAAACGCAGCAGCCCGCUGGCCGGGAGCAACUGGAGCUCUUGUCUGACUCUCCCCUCUCGUGGCAGGACAUCGCUUCCCCCAAAUACCCCCCUGGACAUGAAGGACCCCAGGCCUAUGAGGAGGUGCUCUUCCCUCACCAAACUCAACGGGCCUGAGAAUGGCAGUACUGGGGGUGAGCUGUAUUUGAAAGGGGAAUUGCAGGACUACAAGGAGGGGUUACCGGGCGAUAGUGCAAAACUGUACAGCUACAAGCUAAAUGGGAUAGAUCACUUGCACCACACGAUGCAGCACCUGAAGGUGGAGGAUCGCCAGCUCAAUCAAAAUCUGUCCCCAGGCUCCAAACCCAAGUACAAAUAUGAGAUGUGCAGCAAAGGUGAGGCGAAUACUGCUGCUCCUCCUUUCCUCAAGCCGAGCGCCUUAGACAUCACCUUUAGUGCCUUACCUGAAAGCAAGCCGGUGAUAGCCAGCCAUGAGGCCUACGGACAGAAGUAUCUGCCUUUGGGGCACCAGGCUGUGGGGGACUCGCCGAUCCAGCCAGCUCUAAGGACUCAGAUGUGGCUCAGUGAGCAGGUGCAUGCUAAUCGUGUGGAUUAUAGCAAGCCUGCUGAUGGCCUGUUUGGGAUAACUGCCUGGCAGCAUCAACAACAGCUAGAGAAUCUCCGACAAGAUGCUGAAUGGAUGCAGAUUCCUGGUGGAUCCCCUUAUCAAGUAAACACUGUAAUAAAAAUGAAAGAAGACCUACUGCAACAGAAGGAGUUGGUGAUUGAUCGGCAGAAGCAGCAGAUUGCCCAGCUACUUCAGAGGAUAGCACAAAAUGAGCUGUGGGUGCAACAAGUAAUCCAGCGUCAACAUGGGAAUUGUGAGGAUCCAUACCUAAUUAAACCAAAGGAAUCACGGUAUGAUAAAUCUCCCUUGCAGGCACAUCUGUCAGAAAGAAAAAAAGCUGUCCUUUAUGAGAACACAGAGCUGGAGCACAAGCUCGCUACGGCAGAGCUGGAGGUUAUACAUCUCCAUGACUUCCUGAAGCAAAGCACACAAAAGUACACAGAGGAGAUAAAGAAAUUGGAAGAGAAGCUGAAAACCAGAGAGAAGUAUAUUAGCAGUGUUAAGAAGAAAUGUCAGAAAGAAUCUGAACAAAACCAGGAGAAACAGCAAAGAAUAGAGACACUGGAGAAGUACCUUGCAGACCUCCCUUCACUUGAUGACAUACAAACCCAAGCUCAGCAGCUGGAGGUCCUUCAGGAGACGUCCCACAAACUGCAGGGCACGGUUCACGAUCUGGAGGAGAGGCUAGGGGAAAGCCACGCUCUCGUCAAGGAGAAAGAGGAGUUCCUUGAGCGCCAGAGGAUAAAGGAGAAGGAGCUAAUCGAUGCUGUGCAGAGCUUGCAGCAGAAAGUGGAGCAGUGCCUUGAAGAUGGUGCCAGACUCCCAAUGUUGAACAUGAAGCAGCUCGAGUGUGAAAAUGAUCGUCUCCAAAAGCACAACAAGCGAAACAAUCAGACCUUAAACAAUCAAAAGAGACAAAUUGAGAAAUUGACAGCAGAAUUGCAAGCUGCAGAGCAGAAGUUAGCACAGGAAAAAAUCAUCUCCCAGGAGCUCAGGAAGCAGGCAGUUGAAAAGGAACAUGACCAGCAGUGGCUGGCUAAAACUGUGAAAGAGAACCAGAUACUGCUGGAGGAGAACUGUAGCCUGAAAGAGCAGCUUCAGCUUUUCAAUGAGAAACAACAGGCCUGCAUUGAGAAGCCUGUUGUUCAGCAGCUCCUGAAGGAGAUGUCCCAGUGCCUGUCAGAACUCAAGGCCCUAUGCAGCAUUCUCACCCAGAGAGCCCAGGGCAAGGAGCCCAACCUUGCUCUGCUGCUGGGAAUAAAGUCCAUGAACUGUUCAAGUGAAGAGACCGGAAAUAUUAAUAGCGAGGGUAGUCUUGCCACCAAGCUUUCUGAAGUGUGUCAGUUGCGAAAGGACAUUGAUGAAUUGAGGACUAUAAUAUCAGACGGCUACGCUCAGGACAUGGGAGACAACUGCAUCACUCAAUGACAUUUUGUUGCCUCUCUGCAAUAAUGAACUGUGGUUUAUAAUGCUGCUUUUUCACACUCCUGUGCAAUUCCAUUACAGAGCCACAGUGGAAGAUAGCAACUUGCAAAUGACUGAAGAGUCAGGAGAGAGCUUUGCAUUUUGUGUGCUAACGGAUUUGGGAAAAAAAAAAAAAAAUACCACAGCAAAAGUAGCAAGAGUUUUCCACCUGAACGUGGAACCAAGCUGUGAAUUGGUAUACAUUUGAGUAAUGUUUUGUGACUAAGUAUUUAUUUAUUUAUUUCUUUUAGAGAUCGUCGGUAUCACAAAAUAUUUGUAGGGGUGUCUGCAAUAUGUGUUUGUGGUAGAAAUCCUGUUGUGCUGUUUAUUUUAACUUAUAUGGGCGAUAAGUAGGGGUCUACCUAAUUCGCAAUUUUCGCAGAAAUUGGGAAACUGAGGGGUCACUGUGAAAUUCAUCUUUUUAGGGGACAAUGCAUAGUACAGAGAGAGAGAGAGAAAAAAAACUAAUUUAAAUGAACUAUAGCACACCGCAAGCAAAUCGCAAACUACGUAUCAAUUCUGAAGACAGCACUUAGA